AUGGAGUUUUACUUGGAGAUUGACCCCGUUACCUUGAAUCUCAUCAUUCUGGUAUCUAGCUAUGUAAUUUUGCUUCUGGUUUUCCUGAUCUCCUGCGUGCUCUAUGACUGCAGAGGGAAGGAUCCCAGCAAGGAAUAUGCUCCUGAGGUCCCUGCAGACACCCAGCCCCCGAUCCGGCUGGUGGUGAUGCAGCAGGGCUCCCCUGGCACUCGCUGGGCAAAGGGGCUCAUCUCUGCCUACGAGAACCCUGCUGAUCUGCCUGGGAAAAGGACUACAGUUGUGUGA